AUGACCGACGCGGAGAACAGAAAAAAGUUUAUGCAACUACUGCGCAUGGGUGUACAGCACAAAGUACAUAACCAACAAAAAAAUCACGGAGUUUCAUCAGAGAUCGUGGGCAGAGAUAGAGCUUUGGUCGAUGAAAAGAUGAGAAGUGAAGCACGAAGCGCCUCGCAGUCAAAACGUGGUUUAGGAGUAGCUGACUUGGUGGGUUGGCAGACAUUGGCGUGGCGCAAUGCAUUCUCCAUGGAGCCUUAUUUUUACGAGACUGUUAAGGGCAAACAGUUGCGCAUCAAACAGGUGCUGCAGGGAGAAGUUAACGGUUUUGGCACGGGUCUCACAGUGUGGCCUGCUGCUUGCGUGCUAUUAAAAUUGUUGGAAUACCAAGCGCUCAGCAAUUUGAAAGCACUUAUCGAAUCCGAUGAUCCGUUUGUGCUCGAACUAGGAAGUGGAACGGGCGUUGUGGGUAUCGCAGCGGCGAUGCUACUUCGAGCUGGUAGAGUCGUACUGACUGACAUGGACAACAUUCGCUUUAUAAUGCAGGAUAACGCGGACUUGGCUCAGCAGGACGGUGUGAUUGACAAGAAAGUGGUGGUCGAUGUCAAUGUAUUGCAUUCUUCCGAAAUUGUUCCCGAUCGAACCACUAGUAGAAGCCUUAACAUUACUCAGCAAGCCUCAUACCCGGAUCCUCAUCUCUUACGAACAUCGCCAUUAUCAGAAUUUUCAGCCUAA